AAGAGAGAGUGUGUCUAAGUGUAUGUUUAUGUGCACGCGCUUUCUCCUCUUCCUCCUCCUCCUCUGUACUUGCACUUGCACUUGGGUAUUAACCGGCUCGCGCGUGUUAGCAGCACGACUAGGCGAAGAAGGCACUUAUGUGUUUGUGUUUUUUUCCUCUUUUUUUUUUUAAUAAAGCUGGUCAGCACAAUGACGUCACAACUCCAGACUGUCCGCACGGUGCUGUUUGUGUUUAUGUGUUGUGAUGUUGGUACGGGCUUUAACCUGGACUCGCGCUUUGCGGUGGUAAAGGAAGGACACACACCCGGAAGCCUGUUCGGACUGUCAGUGGCGAUGCACCGGCAAACCAAGGGGCUCCAGCGUUACCUACUGUUGGUUGGCGCACCACAGGAGAAAGCGGAGCCUACGUUGCGGGCGAAUCAGACAGGAGACAUGUAUGCUUGCCCGAUCACGUCUGACCCUAAAGAUUGCAUACGGGCAAACCUUAUCAGCUCAGACAGUGUGGAUGCAGAGGAUUAUAUAGAGGGGAUGUGGCUCGGAGUGUCAGUAGUCAGUCAAAGUUCACAGAACGGGAGAGUGAUGGCUUGUGGUCAUCGCUACAGCAGGAGCAUGGACAAUGGUGUGAACCUGCGCAUGAUUGGAAAGUGUUAUAUCCGGGGGAACGACCUGAGAUAUGAUGAAGCAGAUGAUAACCAGUGGCAGUACCGCCAGGAGGUGUGUAGUCCUAAUGGUGACCAACUUUCGGAAGGGAUGUGUAAUAUGGGCAUCUCUGCCACCAUGACAGAAACCGAGGUGAUUGCUGGAGCUCCAGGCUGCUUUAACUGGCAAGGUAAUUCAUUCGUGGUUUAUAGGAACCCGACAGACGAGUUUGAUACUCAGAUCAUCAAACUUAAAGACAUGAAGACUGGAAACAUCUACAUUGGUUACUCCGUCGGAAAAGACAAAGGAAUACUGAAAAAAAAUGUGGACACAAUUGUGGCUGGAGCGCCACGAUAUAACAGUACGGGUUCGGUGAUACUCAUGAAGAUAAUUAACAAGGAUGAUGGCAGCAAUAGAGAGCUGCAGGAUUUGAAUUUAGCACUGCAUGGUGAACAGGUCGGCUCUUACUUUGGAAACAGUAUCGCUAUUGUCGACAUCAAUAAUGACGGAUGGAAGGAGCUAAUCGUUGGAGCGCCGUUUUAUUUCAACCGUAGGAAAGAGGAGGGCGGGGCUGUGUAUGUGUUCAUGAAUGAAAACGGCUCAUUCAAGCCCAAAACAGAUCUGAUGUUCAUGGGACCAAGCGACUCAGGUUUCGGCAUGGCCGUGUCUUCCAUCGGGGAUGUCAACCAGGAUGGUUUCCAGGAUUUUGCAGUCGGAGCGCCGUAUCACGACUCGGGCAGAGUGUAUGUGUGGAUGGGGGGAAAGGAUGGAGUUUCAGCCAAACCAAAUCAGGUGAUUGAAGGCAAGGACGUGCAUAAUGGUGGUUUCAAGACGUUCGGUUACUCCAUCAGCGGUGGUCUGGAUGUGGAUGAUAAUAAAUAUCCAGAUAUUGUGGUUGGGUCUCUGGACGAUCGAGUGGCUUUACUACGAGCCCGUCCUGUCAUUCACGUGCAAAAAACUUUAUCUGUGACGCCCCCCCUGGUUGACCCACUUAACUGCAAUUCCUGCAUUCAGGUGGAGGUGUGUUUCUCUUACGCAAUCAGUACAGGACAGCCAAAUUUUCAAGAGGACGUUACUAUAAAGUACACAGUGCUGGCUGAUGUGCUGCACCGCUUGUCUCAAACUCGCGUCCGCUUUAUUGACAAUGAUAAAGAUGCCUACAGUGGGCUACUAUCGAUUAAAUCACAGCGUUGCGAGACGAAGACACUUAAAGUGAUAUCUGUCCGUGAUAAAGUGACCCCUGUAGUGUUCUCCUUGAACGCAUCGAUCUUCGAGCCUCAGAUUAACAGAGUUCAGGGGCAGCUACAGAGCCUGAACUUGUUUCCCGUACUCAGUCAGGGGCAAACACUCACCGAGAAAGCGGAGAUUAACUUUCAGAAAGCAUGCGGAUCUGAUAACCAGUGUGACAGUAACCUGCAGAUGACUGCCACAUUUGCCACUAGCCAACAAGUCCUCCCUGUUCAGGAUGGUCACCAGGUGCUGCAGUAUUACGGCAACAUAAGACUGAAUCUUCUUGUUAAUGUCACAAAUUUUCCAUCUCCGGGCCGAUUAGCUGAAGAUGCUCACAACACUGAGUUGAAUGUCUCCACUUCUUCAUCAUUGAUCUACUCUGGCGUCAGAACCGAGGACAAGUUUUCUUUAGUUGUUUGCACUCCUUACAACAAUUCCAUCCUGUGCGAGUUGGGAAAUCCGUUAGGUGCUAAUCAGAUGACCAGCUUUGUGAUCACCUUCGAGAUAUCGACGAUCACUCUCGACACAGACACGAUCACUUCAACACUGCAGCUGUCCACACUGAGCAGGCAGGACGACCUAAUGCCGUUGACCAAAAUGCUGCUAGUGGACUAUACAUUAAAGACCUCAUUUCUAGUUACUCCUUCCCGAGUUCAGACAGAGUUCAGUGGCAAUGUUAUUGGCGAAUCAGCUAUAAAGAGCACCAGCGAAAUUGGCAGUCCGGUGGAGUUCAAAUUUAAGGUGACUACAGAAAUGUCACAGGGCCGUCCCUAUGUGCUCUAUGUGGAAUUUAAUUGGCCGUUGGAGGUGGCGAAUGGAAAGUGGCUCCUGUAUCUGGAGGAAAUUACAAUGACUGGAACUUCAGAGUCUUCGUGUAAUCCCCCAGGAGACAUCGUCAACCCACAAAAGUUCCAGGUGCCAGGGAGAAACAGUCGGAGAAAGAGAGAGGAACCUUCUGUGGCUCACUUAGAAGCUUUGUCUUCUCUGAACCUGAAGAGCGGCCGCAGGAAAACUGACCAUCUGAACUGUACAUCAGGCACCGCAAACUGUAAAACCUUCAGCUGUUUCUUACGCAACAUGACGAAAGAAGCGGAGGUGACGGUGCGGGCAAGGCUGUGGAACGGCACCAUGUUGGAGGAUUACAACAAAGCUUCACUGAUUAUUAUUAUGGGAGAGGCAACACUUAAACUCCAGACAAACAGAUCAACCAUCCAUCUGGACAGUAAAACCAGUAACGUGACGUUCUCUGUGGAGGUGACUCCUGCCAUUCAGGAUGAGGUCGAAUAUAAAGUUCCGCUGUGGAUCAUUAUUGUCUCGGCUCUAGCCGGAGUGCUCCUGCUCGCCCUCAUCGUCGUGCUCCUGUGGAAGUGCGGGUUUUUCCGGAGAGCGAACACUAGAGAGAUUUAUGAGGCGAAGUCACAGAAGGCUCAGAUGAAGACACAGCCGUCUGAGAAAGACAAACUAACCGAGGAGGAAUGAUGAUCAUGCAGACUAGAUUACUGUAUUACUGGUGUGGGUUCUUCAGGCAAGCGCUUUAUUUUCGGACCAUGCCCAAAUACCAUGGGGUGAAGACCUGUAAGGAGCAGCGCUUCCUCAUUGACGACGCUAACAAAAAAAAGCACUGGAUUACAAACUGGACCGACACACAACAAUGACUUCACACACACUUAUGCACACACACACACACACACACACAUACAUAC